CCGGCACCGCGCAACUAAAUCACUCAUAAAAUUCACAAUUUAGGUUCAGUUAUACCAAUAAUUCAUCACGAUAUCAAAAACAUUUGUACAUUCUUCACACUGCCCUCGUCACUGCCAUAUCACCAAUCAUUCCGUUGGGACAGCUUGCCAGCGCGCACAAUCCUCGACAUCCGUGUUCGCCAUGUCAGCGCUCAUGUCUAUCUAUUCACGUCAACGCCCAUGUCUGUCUAUUCACACCUGCAUCAUUGCUUUGCCAACAUAUAAACCACCAACAUCUCUCAACAUGUUCACGGAUCAUCUCCCUGGCUAUCCUCCACUCCUGAACACCUGAGUCCAGAGGCCAACCUAUCUCGAUACGUCCUACAUUUCCAGUCUCUCUAACUCCUUAAAUUCCAAUCCUUCCUUUAACACCUCAUCAACAACCCUAGAUGGCUGGACCACCACCACCGGGACACCAGUGGCUCGUCGACGUGAGCCAAAACCCCAACAUCAACCACGACCCACUUCCACCACCAGCCUUCGAAGAAGCCCUCCAAGCACCCCCAGGAGCCCCCGUCGGCGUCAUCGUCAACGGCCCAGCACCAGGCGCCGCCGUCCUCCUCGGCAACCCAGCAGCCGCACCACCGCCGCCAGCCCCAGCACCACCCGGCAUGGCCCUCCCCAUCGGACCACCACCCCCCUACGCCUCCAUCCCCAUCCCAGGCCACCCUCCCCUCCAUCCAAACGGCGGCCCAGCACUCUACACGCAGCACCCCUCACACCCACCGUUCCCACCGCCUCCUAUCCCGGGCUCCGGAAUCUCCCCCCUGAACUGGGGCUCCGGCUACGGCGGCUUCCCCGCGCCCUUCGCCGGCAGCGGUCUCCCCUGGACUCCCGGCGCCGCACCCCCCGUCCUCGGCGGCGUCGGCGUCGGCGGCAUGUAUCCAGGCGGUAUGGCAGGCAUGGGGAUGGGGAUGGGCAUGCCCUACGGCAUGGGGGGAAUGGGAAUGGGUCUCCCCUUCCCCUUCAAGCCUCCCCCUCCCAUCAUCGACGGCGGAUCCGGCGCCGUCCCGGGCGCCCAAAACGACGCGACCGUGAAGCCGGAGGGUGACUUGCCGGGCCACACGGUGUGCCAGCCCGCGGAGACGACGGCCGUGUACCGCAUUCACUGUAACUGGCCGCCGUGGGAGACGUCGGGUGUCCCGUUGACGGUCGAGCCGAUGCAGGUGGAUAGCGGGUGGACGGUGAAUCGGCUCAUUGGCGCGAUGAGGUUGCCUGACGCGGAUUGUCAGGGCUGGGCGGUCACCGAGUGUAUAGAGCUGGGGAAUGGGAGGUGGGCGAAGGGAGUGCAGUUUCAUCAUGGGCAGCAGCAGGCGACGGAGCAGACGUUGGGGAUGGUUGGAUGGGGGAAGGAGAGGAAUAGGAAUGGAGAGAGUCCGCUGUAUUUGUUCUGCCAUCGGAUUUAGGGGGUGUACGUCGGAUCGAUGAAUGGGGUGUCAGUGAACAGUUGUAGAUGGUAAGAUGGACGAUGGUGUAUGUCGGUAUCGGGGAUUUAACAUGUAUAUCUUUUCAUUUCAUUUCAUUCAUCAUGGUAUUACCCUCUAUCCCUUUCCCAGGAAAUCCCAAUCAUUCAAUUAAUUCAUCAAUCAUAACCUCCUCCUCCUCCUUCCCCCUUCAAAACA